AGGUAGCAAGAUCAAAGAAAGUGUUGUUGAACAUAGCACAUUGCAGGUUUCAAUGUUCUUUGUAAAUUGUGUUGGUGUUGGUGUUGGAAAUUAUAACUCAAUGUCAAUUACAUGCCGAUGUAAAAUUUUGCAAAAUUUUAUCUCCCUUACUACCUUGAGCCAUUCAAUUAGUCAGCUUUUUGUCAUUAUUUCUAAUAGUCAGUAAAAUAUUAGUGGCUUUUUGUUAUUACUGACAUAGGCCUUUUAACGUGUUUGCUUGUUAAAUAUUAAGAUGGAAGUAAUUUUGCAAUUGGAUUUCUGUGCUACUUUGAAGCACAGUUAGUUGGCUUUGUCGGCAUUCUCUUUAAUAAAUUGGCACCAUUGAUUAUGUUAGUGAUUACUUGCACUGUGUACUAUCAUUACUUUAUACUUUCUUACACAUGUAAUAUAUUUUGCAUUGUUCAAGGCAUUCCAUAUUUACUUUCAUAUUUUGGUGUUUAUCAUGUUGCAUGUGCAUAUUAUUGUAUUUCUCUCUUGGUUCGGUGCCUGAAUUUUUGCUAUUUUCUUCCAAGUUUUCUAGUAUAGCAAGUUGAACUUCCAUGCUAAGUAAUUAUUGCUGACAAGUUGGACAUAAGCAUUAUUGAAUGUAGGUAUUUUUCGUGUGUUUGUUUAUCCAUAUAUUAAGUAAUGUUGGUCACCUUUGGCAUUUGCAUGAUAUUUAGUUUGAUAUUUGCUAAUGUUUUUGUGAAUAAUUUACAUAUUGAUAUCAGCUGUUGAUUAUAUUAUCUGGGUAGCAAGAUCAAAGAAAGUGCUGUUAAAUGUAGCACACUGUAGGUUUCAAUAUUCUUUGGAAAUUGUGUUGGUGUUGAGAAAGUGGCCAAUGGCUAUGACCAUGAUGUUUAAAUUCAAGAAACAUUUCAAAUAAGCCAUCAAAGCUUAAAAGGAAGCAGCUGGUGUGGUGUCACCACAAUCCAAAAAGGUUUUAAAAGUAGUAAAUGGUGAUGUGAAACAGACAGCAUGUAAACAACAGACUAUAAGAAAGACAAAGUAAUGUGAAUCCAAGACAUUAAAACCAUGCCUUAGAUCAGAUGGGUGUGCUUGUGCAUCAAUUAACGGGUGGAAGUGGCAUAGAUGGUCACAAAAUGCAAGUCUUGCUGAGAGAGCCCUUAUUAGGGGGAAUUAAAAAUGUCAAUGCUGAUUGUUUAGAUUCCGAUGUUAAUACCUCACAGUGGUCAAACAACAAGGGUGUUUCUGCAAGAAAAAUUAGAGCAAAACUUCAUAAUCUUCUUGCUACUGCAGAGGAUGAUGACCUUUUGAAAAAAUGAUCUUCGUUGUCCUUGUCAAAUGGGUAUGUACCUCUCACAUGUUUUUUUCUAUUAACAAUAUUAACGGAAUUGAUGUUUUGGGACCAACUGUGAUUGAUUUCAAUGAGUUUACGGACUUAAUUGUUAAAAAAAUUAAUUUAAAAAUCAAGUUAUCACAAAACAUAUAGUUUAGGGACUUUAUGGGAUAAUAUCCCAAAUAAACAAAAAGCUACUGUAAGCCGGUCCAUACCAGUCUCCUCCAGCACACUUGAAGAAAUUCUUUGUUCAUUCCCUUCUUUGUCUACUAUAGAUAUUAGGGGUUGCAGCCAGUUUCAGAGUUGGUCCUUAAAUUUCACAACGUGAACUGGAUUAAGAGCCGUAAUUCACGUGAUAUAAAGAAUUUUGAUGACUCACAUUGCAAAGUAAGAAGUCUGAAGCAGAUCACUGACAAAUCGUCAUCAGCUUACAAGGUUAACGGUCUGGGUGGUGAUACUGAUGAUUUUGGUGAUCUAAAACAAUAUUUUGAUAGUGUGAAUAAGAGAGACUCAUCAAAUCCAUUAUUCCGAAGAAGUUUAUACAAACGUUCUAAACUUUUGAUGCUCGAAGGUCCUCAUCCAUACUAUCUAGGGAUGCCCGCAUGAGACAAUGGUCAAUUAAGAAAUCUGAAAAUGGGUACAAAAGGAUGGAAGAAUUUCUAGCUUCAAGUUUGAAGGAUAUCAUGAAGGAGAAUGCCUUUGACUUCUUUGUGCCCAAGGUUGCAGAAAUUCAGGAUAAAAUGAAAAAGGGUUAUUAUAUUGGUCGUGGAUUAAGCUCUGUCAAGGAGGACAUCAGUCGAAUGUGUCGUGAUGCUAUAAAAGCAAAGAAUCGGGGUGAUGCCGGAGACAUGAAUCGUAUUAUUACAUUAUUUAUUCAACUGGCAACACGUUUGGAAGAGGGGUCUAAGCCUUCUUAUGAAAAAGAUGAGAUGUUCAAGUCAUGGGAAGAUGAUUCAUCUAGUAGCAAGUAUAAAAAGAAGCUCAAUAAAGUAACUGAAAGGAAGUACUUGAAUAGGAGCAACGGAAUUUCCUUCAUGAAUGGUGGUUUAGAUUUUGGAGAGGAUGCAUCUGACCGAGAAAUCAGAAGGCGGUUAUCCAGAUUGAAUAAAAAUCUAUGGAUUCAGAAAGUGAUACUUCUGAUGAUCUUGGCAGGACAUCUGAUGAUAGCAAAGGCGAUACUGAGAGGACCAUCUCAGAUACUGAAAGUGACAAGUCAGAAGGUCGAUCUGGAUUAUCCAGAGGAGAUGGAUACUUUACACUUUAUGAGGGUUUGGGUUCUAUGACUAAAGAUCGUGAAUGGGGUGCUCGUAUGACAAAAGCAAGCCUGGUUCCUCCUGUUACAAGAAGAUAUGAAGUUAUUGAUGAAUACGUAAUUGUAGCAGAUGAGAAGGAAGUAAAGCGGAAGAUGCAAGUAUCGUUGCCUGAUGAUUAUGUUGAGAAGCUUCAUGUACAAAAAAAUGGAACUGAGGAGACGGAUAUGGAACUUCCUGAAGUCAAGGAUUAUAAACCCAGAAAACAGCUUGGAGGUGAGGUUAUUGAGCAAGAAGUUUAUGGAAUUGAUCCCUACACCCACAAUCUUUUACUUGAUUCAAUGCCAGAGGAACUGGAUUGGAACCUUGAGGAUAAGCAUGUGUUUAUUGAAGAUGUUCUCCUUCGCACCCUCAAUGAGCAAGUUAGGCACUUCACUGGGACUGGAAAUACUCCCAUGAUGUUUCCGUUGCGGCCUGUUAUUGAAGAAAUUUGGAAAGCUGCUGAGGAGAAUAGAGAUAUGAAAACUGUGGGUUUGUGUCAGGGUAUCUUGAAGGCCAUGGAUAGCCGCCAUGAUGACAAAUAUGUUGCUUAUAGAAAGGGGCUUGGAGUUGUUUGCGACAAAGAAGGUGGUUUUGGAGUGGAAGAUUUUGUUGUUGAGUUUUUGGGAGAGAUCUAUCCUGUUUGGAAGUGGUUUCAAAGCAAGAUGGGAUUUGCUCUUUUCAAAAAAAUAAUAAAGAUCCAGCUCCAGAGUUUUACGACAUUUAUCUUGAGAGGCCUAAGGGUGAUGCUGAUGGAUAUGAUUUAGUUGUUGUUGAUGCCAUGCAUAAGGCGAAUUAUGCAAGUCGAAUUUGUCACUCAUGUCGACCUAAUUGUGAAGCAAAGUUCCCUGGCCAUUAUCAUGCAUCUUCAUCUUAUUUUUCUCCUUUUUUUCCUUUUUGAAAUUGCAACCUAGAAGUUAAAUUUCUUGUAGAUUGUUUUCCAGUUGUAAUUGCUUGCUUGUUUUCUAUAAUACUGGUAAACCAUACACCUUAUCAAGGUCUCUGAUAAAUCCGGGCUUAUUGAAUGCAGGGUUACUGCUGUAGAUGGUCAUUACCAGAUUGGAAUUUAUACUGUACGCCCAAUUCGCCAUGGCGAGGAGAUCACGUUCGAUUAUAAUUCUGUUACAGAGAGCAAGGAACAAUAUGAAGCGUCUGUUUGUUUGUGUGGCAGCCAAGUCU